GGCGAGCGUCUCCUGUUCGCGUCUCUCCCCCCUCUCCUGCCGUCGCCGUCGCCGCCGUCGAGGUGAAGCGGAUGACGCAGAGCACGAGCAGCCGCGGCGGGAGCGGACACGGUCACGGUCACCACCACCACAGCGCGCUGUGCUGUCUCUCCGGCGCGCGACCGCUGCCGGGGGACGCGCCGCCGGCGCCGGGGGCGGCGGUGGCGGUGGAGGGGGUGCUGCACAAGUGGACCAACUACGGCCGAGGGUGGCGCGAGCGGUGGUUCUCGCUCCGCGACGGCGUGCUGUCCUACUCCAAGAUUCGGGCCGACGCGCCCGGGCCGGAGCCGGCGGACGAGGACGGGGAGGUCAGGUUGAUCGGCGAGAGGAUCGGCGGCGCGCGCCGCACGGAGAAGCCCGCCGGUGUCGUCUACCUCAAGGUGUCAGCAUUUCGGGAGAGCAAAUCUGAUGAUAGGAGAUUCUACAUAUUUUCCCCCACAAAAACGCUUCAUUUGAAGACGGAUUCAAAAUAUGACCGUGUUUCCUGGAUUGAGGCCUUGAUCUUGGCAAGGAGUGUUUAUUCCCUCAGGUCACUCAGUGGGAGAGUAACUUUCAUGCAGAGUGAUGUUUCGAUUUCAACUGCAAGGCUUCGAGAUCGCAUGCAUCAGGAGGGUCUGAACGAGAAUCUUAUACAGGAAUAUGAACAGAUUAUACUUUCUGAGUUCUCAAGCUACCGGAAGCAACUGAAGCGACGCUAUGAGGAUUACUUAAGCUUGUUUGGGUCCUGCAGACACCAUUUUGAGGAAGGUAUAGAUGGAAGUAUAACACAGGGGGCGUUGACAAGAAACGAAUUUUCUAGUUCUCGGCAUGGAAAUUUUAGUGAAUACAGCUUAACGGAAUCUGAUGAGUUUGAGAAGCAUGAUGGUGUUGAAUUGACUUGUGAAGAUGAACCUACAUUCUUCGAUUGUGUAGACUACUUCAUUGAAUCAAACAACAGAUCUUCAACCAUGUUAAGUGGUCAGGAAGUUGUGGAUACCCAAAUGCAACAUUCUGAUAGCAUGUUACCGCAAAUCAGACGACGUAGUAAACUACCAGAACCUACUGAGAAAGAAAAAGGAAUCAGCCUCUGGUCCAUUAUUAAAGACAGUGUCGGGAAGGAUUUGACACGAGUGUGCCUUCCAGUUUACUUCAAUGAACCCCUCUCAUCCCUCCAAAAGUGCUUUGAAGAUUUAGAAUAUUCAUACCUUUUGGAUCAGGCCUAUCAAUAUGGAAAAAUGGGGAACAGCCUCAUUAGAAUUCUCAAAGUAGCCGCUUUUGCGGUCUCAGGCUAUGCUUCAUCUGUUGCUAGACCUUGCAAACCAUUCAAUCCAUUGUUAGGAGAGACUUACGAAGCUGACUACCCUGAGAGAGGGGUUCGCUUUUUUGCAGAAAAGGUUAGUCAUCAUCCAAUGCUGAUAGCCUGCCACUGUGAAGGCAAGGGUUGGAAAUUCUGGGGCGACAGCAAUCUCAGAUCCAAGUUUUGGGGGCAGUCAAUUCAAGUUGAUCCAGUUGGCAUUUUGACAGUGGAAUUUGACGAUGGUGAAAUCUUCCAAUGGAGCAAGGUAACAACAACUAUUCAUAACCUCAUCCUUGGGAAGCUGUACUGCAGCCAUCAUGGUAUCAUGCAUAUAAAAGGGAAUCAUCAGUAUUCAUGUAAACUCAAGUUCAAAGAGCCAUCGCUUCUUGACCGCAAUACUCGCAUAGUACAAGGCUUCGUAGAGGACAAUGAUGGGAACAAAGCUUCGUUUUUAAUAGGGAAGUGGGACGAAAGCAUGUAUUAUAGUAAUUUAGAUACUUUCAAGGUCAAGAGCGCUGAUCAAUUGCAAGGUGCCUCAGUAUUGUGGGAAAAGAACAAACCUGCUGCUAACCCAACUCGAUACAAUCUGUCUUCUUUCACGAUCACAUUGAAUGAGUUGACCCCAGGGCUGCAGGAUAAACUUCCUCCUACUGAUUCACGGCUGAGACCAGAUCAGCGUCAUCUUGAGAAUGGUGAAUAUGAGAAGGCCAAUGCAGAGAAGUUGAGGUUGGAACGACGGCAAAGAAUGUCGACGAAACUUCAAGACAAUGGCUGGAAACCCCGGUGGUUCGAGCAGGACACUGAAGACGGGACAUACCGCUACAAAGGCGGAUACUGGGAAACAAGAGAGAAGGGACGCUGGGACGGAUGCCUCGACAUAUUUGGGGAAUUUGCUGAGACAUGAACACCCUUUUCUUGAAGCAUCAAACCCCAUCCGGUAACGCUUUAAAUCCUUUCCCAGACCACGUCUCCGGAUUGCUCUUAUCAGAAGCAUUUUCUGGUUCAAGAAGAAAAGGAUAGCAACGCGCGAGGAGAAAAUCAUUAGAGAAGAAGGCAUUGCCAUCCUCAAUGGUAGUAGAUAUGGAUGGCCAAGGAGGCCGGCCUGUUAGUCCCAAGUAAUAGUAUGGCUGUUCUUUUGUUCUUUCGUUGGGUUGAACAUCUGUUGUCGAUUGCAGCUGGGCGGGCACCAUCUGUAGAAAAUAGAGAUGAUAAUAAAUCUACAAGAGAUGAAGCGACUCGUCAUAGAACGAAGAGAAACUGACAUAAUUCAGCAAAGAAAUUCAUCUCCUUUCGCUUUGGUGAACUUUUUGUUACCAGCUUUUCGUAAUAAACACAGUCCGUCAUCUUGAUGUC